AUGGGUCCUUUACAUUAUUUUCUGGAAAUUCAGGUCACUAAAACCAGUGAUGAAGGACUGCUCAUGACACAGAGCAAAUAUGUCCAAGACCUGCUGCUCAAAGCAGGGAUGUCAGGGUGCAAACCAUGCCAUACACCCUUGCCCUCCACCUUGAAAAUUCAGGCUAUAGGGGGAGAUGCGUUUGCAAACCCCCAUAUGUAUUGCUCAGUGGUAGGGAGUCUGCAAUACCUCACCAUUACCAGACCUGAACUAGCAUACAGUGUGAACAAAGUAGCACAAUUUAUGCAGCAUCCACUAGAGACACAUUGGAAGCUGGUCAAAUGA